CCUGCACCGGCCGCCCUGGCCGCUGCUGCCGCGGUCGGCAGCUCCGCUAGCACAGCCCCAUUCCCGCUCGCUGCCGGCCAGCGCCCCUGUUUCGGGAGGUUCUGGCCAAAAUCCUUCUGUUUGGAUUCUGAACUAUGACAUCAUGGCAAGAUUUCGCAGAAGAACAUGCAUCAUUUUGUUGCUUUUCAUUUUGUUUAUUUGCUCCAUAAUGAUGGCUUUGAAGACUCUGAGGCCCGACAGAGCUGGCUUUGGGGAUCCUUUUGGACUUGGUUUGUUGCCUGAGCUUCAACAACGGACGGUGCUCUUAGACAAUAAACAGAACUCAGUAAACAGGAUUCAAGGAGAUACUGUAACGCGUGUCAGUAAUUUGCACAGCAUCGCAGUCAAUACCAUGAAAGCAUCUGUGCCUCCUGUAAACAAGCUGGAAGAAGAGAUGUCUUCUCCUAAUUAUAAUUUUCACAUAUUCUACUAUAGUUGGUUUGGGAAUCCACAGUUUGAUGGUAAAUAUAUUCACUGGAAUCAUCCAUUGCUGCCACAUUGGGAUCCCAAAAUUGCGAACAAUUAUCCAAAGGGAAGGCAUAACCCUCCUGAGGACAUUGGGGCCAACUUUUAUCCUGAACUCGGAUCUUACAGUUCCAAAGACCCUUCUGUCAUAGAAGCUCACAUGAAACAAAUGCGUUCAGCUUCAACUGGUGUAAUAGCGCUUUCAUGGUACCCACCAGGUAUGGCAGAUGAAAAUGGAGAGCCAACUGAUGAUUUGGUGCCUGUUAUUUUGGAUUAUGCACACAAAUAUAAUCUAAAGGUCACUUUCCAUAUUGAACCUUACAAAGACAGAGAUGAUCGCAGUAUGUACCACAAUGUCAAAUACAUCAUCGACAAAUAUGGAGGCCAUCCAGCCUUUUACAGGCAUAAGACCAGCACAGGCAGAUUGCUUCCUAUGUUUUAUGUUUAUGAUUCUUACGUCACAAUUCCUGAAAUAUGGGCAAAUCUAUUAACUGUUUCUGGAUCCCAGACUAUUCGAAAUACUCCCUAUGAUGCAUUAUUCAUUGCACUUCUUGUAGAAGAAAGACACAAGCAUGACAUUCACAGAAGUGGCUUUGAUGGAAUGUACACUUACUUUGCCACCAACGGCUUCUCUUAUGGUUCAUCUCAUCAUAACUGGGCAAGUCUAAAAGCCUUUUGUGAUAGUAACAACUUAAUGUUCAUUCCAAGUGUGGGACCAGGGUAUAUUGAUACCAGUAUCCGACCAUGGAACAACCACAACACCCGGAAUCGUGUCAAUGGGAAGUACUAUGAGACUGCCUUCAGUGCAGCCCUUUUGGUGCGACCAGAAAUUAUCUCCAUUACGUCGUUUAACGAAUGGCAUGAGGGAACUCAGAUCGAAAAAGCUGUCCCCAAACGGACUGGGCAAGUGGUUUACCUUGAUUAUAAGCCCCAUAAACCAAAUGUUUACCUAGAGCUUACUCAGAAGUGGUCUGAGAAGUACAGAAAAGAACAAGAACAGUGGCUUAUGUGAGCUGUUGCUGUAGCAGUUGUUUCCUAAUGCAUAGCAUACAUUGAGGAAAAAAAUUCAGAGCUGGAAAACUUGUUAUUAAAUGUCUCUAUUAUAGAUAUACGUUCAAAUUAUUGUAUCUCUUGAAUGUAUAUGCACUACUACUGAGUUUGAAUUUUGAAGAGUAAGAAGAUGAUGAGAGAAUGUUAGUAUUUCUCUCUUACUGGAUAUUAUAGUUCAGAAUGUUCAGGAAAAACGCUGUGGUUUUGUUUGUCGGUUCGGUUUGGGUUUUCUUUAAACUCAUAACUUGCAUGCUGAGCUUCCAGAACAUCUGCAUGGGAUAACUUUCUACAUGACCAAAGUAGAACAAAAAUUUGACAUAGUUAUAUUUAACUUCCUUGUGUUUCUAAUCCAAGUGAUGCUGUAACAUAAAUUCUUAUCCCGAUAUCUGCUUGCAGGAUGCAUGUCUGUAGUGUGUAGCGUCUGCUGUUCGCACACAGGGAGUUCUUGGCAUCUGACUAGCUUGUGGUAAAAAACACUGAAGAGGUAUGUGUGAUGCCACACCAGUGGUGGUGGUUUAAAAAAACCCAAAAGUAUUUGAAAGUUCCAAAGAACUGCUGGAAGAUUUUUAGUUUGCUUUCAUUUGUUGUGCUCAGUACAUGGUGCAGACUUUUGCAGAUUACUGGGUUACUAGUAACGUAGUAAAAUAUUUUCCAAGGGGAGAAGAGCCCUUAAACAUGCAAAAAAUACACUAAAACUUCCAUUGCUAUAUGUUGUCUGCUAAUAGUUUUCAUAAGGUAAUGUCGUACUAGUUCUACAAUAAGUACAACCCUAGGAAAUGCUAUUUUUGUUUCUGGUUUAGGAGCAGUCUAAUUUGGCAGCAUUGAGAGCAACUGCCCUUUAGUUUAAUUUGAAACCUUGCUGUUUCUGGUUUUCAUAUAGUUCAUCUAGUUUUUCCAAGAUUCAGAAUAGUAGAUACUAAAAUCUUGUUCACAUAAGCUCCCUACUGGUAUAACCUUUAAUUCUGUGGUGUGGUUGGAAAUUAGUACUUUCUAACUUAAGAAUCUCACCUUUCAAAUGUUAUGAGUUUUUUAACUGUUUUUCCUAAUGAAGCUUGAAAAGAUCAAGUCACAUGAAUGUGACACAGCAGUCCUUUUUUGGGGAAGGAUUUCCAUACAACUUUGUAGAAAAGGCAUAAACUUGGGAAUAGUAGAAGUUGCAGUGUUUAUUUAUUUGCACCAAGUGUUUCGUCUGUAGCAAAGUGGGGAUUUUUAGGUUCUUGUUUUGUUGUUAGUUUAUGGACAAGGUUUUGAUCCUGUGUUUUAGUUCAUAUGCUAUAAAUGUUGUGACCACUAGAAUUCUGGUGAUUUCAGCCAGAACCAUGGAAAUUACCCUCUUUAUUAAAUUCUCACAGUAACCUGUCCAUGAAGUUUUAAGUUGAAUGUAAGAAUUUCUGGUUGAAAAGGAACACAAACCAAAACACUGUGUUUUUUCUUGCAGAAACCUCUAUCAUUCCAAAUAAACAUAGACCAGUUACUACUAAUAUUUUCUAGCCUUUUUCUGAUAUGAAAAAGGUUUCUUUAUGUGACUUUCAGUUAUUUAAAGUUUAAUUCUCUUGUCAUUUCUCUACAGUUGUUAAGGAAAUGUGGCAUCAUAUAAUACCCUGAGCUGCUUGAAAACAGUGCAAAAUUUGGGUGACAGAUAUGUAACUUGGCACUUUGAAGAGUGCCUCUAGAGUUCUGGGAGUCUGGUUUUAUAUCACUUCAUAAUUUUUUUGUGUGUGUUUCCCUACUGCAUUUUUGCAAGCUCCAAAGUACUUCUGAAAGAAAUGUUUACUAUUGCAUACUUUGGUUUACUUAUGCUUAAGUUCCUCGGGUCUAUGAUCAUAGAUUCACAGAAUGGUGGGGGUUGGAAGGGACCUUUAGAGAUCAUCUAGUCCAACCCCCCUGCAGACGCAGGUUCACCUAGAUCAGGUGACACAGGAAUAUGUCCAGGCGGGUCUUGAAGACUGAAGUAGAUAUAACUAUGUCUACAGUCACAAAUAGUGUCUGAGGUAUAUGAAGCACUUGCUAGGCUUUUACCACUGAAUGAACCACUCAUUUUGUUAAGGAAAUUGAUUAAUAUAUUUUUAAUAGAAAUCCCUUAAAUAGCUAUAUAUGAUUUGGUCUUAUAAUUUGUUAUAUGUUUACCUUUUUCCAGCCCAAAGAGCCCAUAUGAUUAAAUGAAAGAUUAAACUUUUGCAGACCAAUAUUGCAUAUAUUAUUUUAAAAAUCUUUGAAAUCAAACCUUUUGGAUGGACUUUUGUGCUUUUCCUUUACUUAAAUUGUCAUCCACAAGUCUUUUCUCACUGUAGUUAUUUGAGCACUUUACUAGUCAUGUCAACCAUGCUCUCAGUUUUGAGUUCUUCAGUUUCUCCUCUUGACUGUUUUCUCUGUGCCUAUAGGAGUUGCUCCUUUUGUUGUUCUUAGAAACAUUUGAAGUUUGUUCUGUUGUGCAGCUGAGGUGACUUAUCUUGCUUAAAAUACAGUUUAUGAUAACAGUGCAAUGGAUCUUCAUUACUCUUGAAAGAUUUCGAUGAUUACUGUAGAGGUAUCAUUUAGUUCUUGCCACAGACUGGUAUGGGCAGUGACACACUAGUGUCUAAUGGGAUCUUGAGAAGAAUUUACAGAAUUUCAGUAGAAAAGAAGGAGAAUUCAGUGCCUAGAAGUUAAUUGCCCCUGAGCACUUGUAUUUUUACAUUCUAAAAUAUAAAUAUGAUACUGAUAAAAUGUUUCAGAGUCUAGAAUUUCAUUUUAUGAUCCUAAGGAGAGCUGAUGAAAUAGCACCUACUAGACCUACCCCACCUGCCUUGCCUGAUGCUUUCUCUGUACUUAGAACAAAUAGUAGUGCUACUUCUCGUUAUAGUGGAUGGAGAGUUUUGCUGAUGGACUGUUGCUGCAGUCACGAUAGAUUUUGGAAAUUUGAGUAAAAAUAGGUGUGUGGGAGAUGAUUUGUACAACUGCAAAGCUAUAAGAUUGUUAUAACUGCACAAUUGCAGGGGGAGGGAGAGGAGAGGUGAAUGUAUUGAGAAGGUGAUUGCUUCAAGCUUUACAAUUAUAGUAGAAAAAGAUAGUUCAAUGUGCAAACAAAGUUGGGUGGAAGGGAAAAUAUUUAAUAUCAGUUUGAGAUCUGAAGUGGUAUUUAAGGAACAUAUAGAUUCUAUCUCGCCUUGACUUCACAUCCCUCAUUUCUUGACUCAUUGGAAAAAAAAGAGUAAUGAUUACUUUUAUAUUUUUACACUGAUUAAUUUCAUUUGACUCAUGAUAGUAUGUUAUAGUACUUAGAGUGAUAUACUACAUUUAUAUAGAUUAGGCAGGAAACUCCAUGGGAAGUCUUAAUAGAGAUCAUGUCAUGCUAUUAUACCUCUGCAAACUUAGAAGUACCUGAAGUUAUUGAUGACAUACUGUUGACUGAGUAUUCCCACAGGGGAAAUGGUUUCUGAGACAAAGUAGCAAGUCUUUGUAGUAAAAAAAUGACUUUUUAAAAGAAAAUCUAUAGGUACAUUUCUGCUUCUGUCAUCAAGUUCUGUGAGGUAUCUCAGAACUGAAGCUUAAUACAUCUUAUCUAGAAUAACAAUUUAUAUUAAAUCUUGUAGAGUAAUGCAUGUUUCUCAGAUCUAAAAACUUGUCCUGAAUUUUGAGGGAAAGAACACGUGCAUAUGCUUUUGAUAUUUCAGUGGCAAGCUGUACAUUGUUGUGAAUGUUGUUCCUGUACUGAUGUUCAUCGUGUUUGUCUAGUGCCUUUCUUUGAAGGUGCCAAUGAUUUGUCUCUUAAGAGGUUCUUAAAGCAGAAGGUCUUAGUGAACUCAUUUUUAUCAUGAAACUUGAUGUAUGUACACCCCUUGUAGUUUGAAUUAACAUGUUCUACACAUGUCUUUUGGGUUCUCUUGAGAACAUUUCAGAGGAGUUUUCAGUGCUGUGUUGCUAGUCGGAGAAUGUAUCUCUGGGCACAUGGACAAGGACGUACUAUAAUUUAGGGCAUUUAUCUCGUGUACCUAAAAAGUGGAAAUAAGGUAUUUGCAGACAAAUUAUUUACCACUUAAUGUAAGCUGAAAAUCUGUGUCUCAGUCUUAAAGUAUUUUACAGGUAUUGGUCUUCAUCUUUCUACUUGUUUAAGAUAGUGUCAAUAUAUCAUUCCUUUUUGUGUUUUAUAUUUGACUAGCGUGUUAAAUGUCGCAUCAACAUCUAAAGUGGUUGUAUCUCUAAGACUUCAUAGUUGUAAUAUUCAGUAAAGAGAAUCUACAAGAUUAUUGGCACUGCAGAAAAGCCUAAUGUGAAUUUGGUAUUGUAUAGCCACAAUUAUUUGAUGGAAGCAUAGUGUAUCUUUGCUAUGUAUUAAACAUGAAUUAAAAAACCCCCACACUUAUUCUGAUACCCUACCUGGCUGUGGCAGAGAUGCAUUUGCUUACAUACAUAUAUAAAAACAAGAGUGUGUGUGUGUGUGUAUGUGUGUGUAUUUAUAUGUAUUAUAUAUGUGCAUAUAACUGAGGUCAUUAUUUUUAAAGUACUACGUCAUUGUAUUAAAAUUACUGGCUGGUUUCUGCUACUUUUAAGCAAUGUUUUUAAUUCCCCAUAAUGUUUACA